GAGCCGGAAGUGAUCCGGACGGACUCGUCGCAGGUUCGAAGCUGAAGCUGGAUCCGGAAGCGGAGCGCGGACACCGGGGACACAGCAGCGACUCACCGAGCCCUCCGACCGGAACCGCAGCCGUUGCAGUGACGCAGCCUCUCUGAAGAUGUGGAAGGCCUCAGCAGGACAGACGGUCAGCGUGCCGCUGGACGACGGAGGAGACGACUGGGAGACCGACCCGGACUUUGAGAAUGACGUGUCGGAGAAGGAGCAGCGCUGGGGCGCCAAGACGGUGGCCGGCUCAGGACACCAGGAGCACAUCAACAUCCACCAGCUGCGGGAGACGGUGUCCACGGAGCACACCAGCCUGAAGCAGAAGGAGCAGGACACCGGGCCCAAGGCCUCGCACGGCUACGGAGGGAAGUUCGGCGUGCAGCAGGACCGCAUGGACAAGUCCGCUGUGGGUCACGACUACCAGAGCAAGUUGUCCACACACUGCUCCCAGACGGACACGUCCAAGGGCUUCGGGGGGAAGUUCGGAGUUCUAGACGACCGCGUGGACAAGUCGGCGGUCGGGUUCGAGUACGCCGGGAAGACGGAGAAACACGCCUCUCAGAAAGACUACUCCACCGGGUUCGGAGGCCGAUACGGCGUGCAGUCAGACCGCGUGGACCAGAGCGCCAUGGGCUUCGACUACCAGGGGAAAACAGAGAAGCACGAGUCCCAGAAAGACUACACGAAGGGCUUUGGAGGAAAGUUUGGCAUCGAGACCGACAAGGUGGACAAGAGCGCCAUGGGCUUCGAGUACCAGGGCAAAACGGAGAAGCACGAGUCACAGAAAGAUUACGUGAAGGGCUUUGGGGGAAAGUUCGGUGUCCAGACGGACCGACAGGACAAGUCGGCUCUGGGAUGGGACCAUCAGGAGAAGCUGCAGCUCCACGAGUCUCAGAAAGAUUACUCCAAAGGGUUCGGAGGGAAGUUCGGUGUCCAGAACGACCGCAUGGACAAGAGCGCCGGGACGUUUGAGGACGUGGAGAAGCCGACGUCAUCUUAUCAGAAAACCAAACCUGUGGAGGCCGUCGGCAGCGGCACAGGAAGCAUCAAGGCUCGCUUCGAGAACAUCGCCAAGCAGAAGGAGGAGGAGGACAGGAAGCGGACGGAGGAGGAGCGGGCGCGUCGACAGGCCACGGAGAAGCAGGAGCAGGAGGAGGCGCGCCGUCAAGUCCGAGAGACGCCCAAAGCUCCGUCUCCUGCGCCUGCUGCGAGUCCCAGCCCCGCCCCCAGCCCCACCCCACCCGUCCAGCCCAGCCCCAGCCCCACCCCUAGCCCCACCCCGCCCAAGAAGGAGGAGCAGCUGUACCAGGAGGAGGCGCAGGAGGAGGAGCUGUACCUGACUGCUGACGACUCCAAGCCAGCAGAGACGCAUCAGUACGAGUCCAGCGAGGACGUCGGGGUCACGGCCGUCGCUCUGUACGAUUACCAAGCAGCCGGCGAGGACGAGAUCUCCUUCGACCCGGACGACAUCAUCACCAACAUCGAGAUGAUCGACGAGGGCUGGUGGAGGGGCGUGUGCAGAGGCUCCUACGGCCUGUUCCCGGCCAACUACGUGGAGGUUCGGCAAUGAUGACCCGCCCCCUGCCCCCCCCCCCCACCACGAGAGGACCCGCCUCCUCCUGCAGGAGAAGAGGAAGGAGACCAUUUAAAAUCCCUGUUGUUUUUUUUUUAACUUUUCACACUUUCCUCUGUUCACAUCCUGUGAUGCUUCGACGCUGUGAGACGUCCUCAGGUCUCCUGUCCGCCCCCCCCCCCUAAGAGAAUAAAUAGAAAUCUGGCCACGAAGCUUUGCUCUGCUCUUCUGGAGAAGCUUCAGUUCUCAGACGACUUUGCAAACAUUCAGCUCCGGCCUCAGUUUGUGGGUUGAAGGUUCUUUUCCUUCACGAGGUUUCGAUCAGGUGUCGAUUCUUCACGUAGAGACGAGUUCACACUACAUGAUGUUAAAGCUCCGGUCGAGUUCACUGAGCCCGAGCUGCUCUCUCUCAUCUUCACAACAGUUUCACCUCCUCCACGAUCAGUCUCUGUGUCGUGUGAACUCAGACCACCAGCAGGUCGUAGUGUGAACUGCUCUGUGAGGUGCAGAGUGAGAAGGUCAUGUAGUGUGAACUCGGCUUCAACGUCCUCAGUAGCUCGACCUUUAGGGUCAACAGGAGCAGUCUCAAGUCAACCAAAGCCCCACUCUGGAUCAUUCUGUAUAUUGAUGCUUGUGUUGUGUCCAGUGCAUUGACUGGACCAAACCCCCCCGAUGAGUCCUCCUGGUCGGUCUGAGAACCGUCCGCUGUGUUGCACAGGAGUUUAAAUUCCAGGUUGAAGCUGCACUAGUUGAUUUCUUGAGCUUCCUGUCGAGUGAAUCAGUUUGAUCAAUAACGAGGCUUCAGGGGCGCAGCUGUCAAAUGACAAGCCAAACAGAAACACUACAGUUCAUUGUAUUAUUUUAAUCAUCUUCAUACAUUCUACAGGUUAAUUACUGAUGUUUAGAAUCGUGUACAGAGAGGUGAAGAGUUGUGAUGUUUUGAGAACGGUCGUGACGUGUAUUUGUGGAUGAUUUCAGAUGAUUUCAGAUGAUUAAAGAUGGCGACUGACGUCCCUCAAUAUGACCAACCUGCAGAAAACAUCAGUUAAGGGAAGAGGCCUUCAGUGUGUUCUCCAAACACAAAUGAUUUCUGACAGACGACUGGUCUGCAGAUCGCAGUAGUGUAGCUCAGACAGGUGUGCGUGUGUGUGUGUGGGAGAGAGAGACAUUGAAUUCAUCUUUGGGGUUUAAUAAUAAAAAGUGACCUUUUCAAAUGCAUUAUUUUUAUCUGUACCUCUGUUUGCUUGAGUCACUUCAUUACCUGCUUGUUCUUUUUUUUUAGUUUCAAUAAAUAAACUAUGAUUAAACUGUU